CUUCACCGGACAAUGGUAGAGUUUCUCCAGCGUUCCAGGAGUGCUCGGCCGCGGAUUCCACUCAAACACCAGCGAUAUUGGCUUGCAAGGUCAUAUGCAGAUUUCGAUACUCAAUUGCGAUGGGGCAAGCAUGGAAGGGAUGCGGACAGGAACUUCCUGUUCAGGUUUCUACACACAACCGAGCAAGCGGAGCCGCACGACAUAUCAGCCUCAGGCCCUGGGCUUGCAAGACUAUGCGAGCAAAUGAUGGAUAUGUGGAAAGUUGACAUCAACGAUAGACCUUCCUUGAAAACUAUCUGGCUUGUCUCUCAAGUCUGGGCUAGAGCAUUUCUUGCGGUGCCUACCACCCUAUCGCCGCCUUCGUCGAGAGAAUUUUAUCUCUUUACUGCCUGCCAUGAGAAGCAUCCUGAAUGGCUCGAUGCAUAUGGAGGCCGGCGACCCUCCAGAGAUGGUUCAGGCACAUUCCGUGGAUCUACUGGUCCUACGUGACCUUCUUUCUGAGGUCAACUUUACGGAAGACGACUUAGACAUGUCCUAUCCAUUUACAGAAUUUGUCCACAAAUUGGAGUGGCAUGAUUCUACGUCACGGCGCCCGCAUAAUACAGUUGAAGCUUGCAAACUGAUGAUAGAACAUGGUACAGCUAUGGACCGCAGGCAUUCGGACCACAAACCUGGUGCUGACAUAAAUUUCUUGGUGAGAGUGGAAAGCAUUAUGAAAAUAUUCAAC